UAUACAUGAGUCCAGUCGAUUUCAGAGACCCCUCUUAUCAUAAUGUCGUUAAUAUAGCCUUAAUACAACCAUUAUGGAUUCAACCCUACACAAUGUCACGCUCUGUUUCUUAAGAAGUCGAGAUGUCCAAGUCGUCAAGCAGCCGUUACGGCACUGUUCACUGAUCCACUGAUCCCGUCUUGAAACCCACAUACAAACGCCUCUCUUCUUCCACCACCAUGAAACUCUCAACCACCAUCCUCGCCCUCCUCCCCCUCGCCCUCGCCUCCCCCACCCCCCAAGGCCUCAGUGGUCUCCUCGGCGGCGACUCCACCUCCACCCCCUCCACCUCCGGUUCCGGCUCCGGCUCCGGCGCCGCCUGCACCCCCAACGCCUUCGAGAAGUUCAACCUCAACCACCACCACGAUAUCAACACGGGGGACAUCGUCACCGGGGACUCGAUCCGACGUGACGCUUUGAAGGUGCCGGGCGGGAGCGGGUGCAGUCCGCUGUGGGCGGGUGGCGCGUAUGAUGAUAGUGCGACAUUUACGGGGGGGGAGUAUCCGGCGUGGUUGAAGGCGGAGUUGGCGGGGGCGGGGACGGGGGCAUAG